AUGGCGGAUCAAGAAGGUUCAAGCAGGAAGCGAAGGGCAACAAGAGAACCCAAAUCCACUUCCCACAGCCAAGCAUUAGAGCUUCUCAAAUCCCGCCGAUCCGGCGACCGUCGCUCCGACGCCGCCAAACCUCAAAUCAGGUUAGAAAACCCUAUCUACGACACAAUCCCCGAGGAAGAAUACACCGCCCUAGUCGCUAGCCGCCGUGAUCAAUCACUCUCGUUCAUCGUUGACGACGACGGACUCGGUUACGUCGAUGAAGGCGAAGAAGAGGAUUGGUCCAAAGCCGGUGUCACACUCUCCGAAGACGAAUCUGGCGGUGAAUCGGAGAAGCCAAAACGGAAGAAGGAAAAUUCUCAGAGUAAACGUCCUUCUGCUUCUGCUGCCGCGCUUUCAGCCGCGGCUGCUAUGAUGGGACCGCAGAGAGUCUCGUCCAUGUUCACUUCUGCGGUUUUUAAGAAGAAUAGAGAUGAUAAAGUUGCUGAUAGCAUUGUUGACGAUGUUCUCAAGGAGUUUGCACCGGAUGAGACUGAUAGACUCAGCCGGAGAAAACUGCAGGCAAUUUCGUCUUCUAUUGCCAAUGGAGGAUCACGGAUUAAGCCCUCUACUGAACCUGUACGAAGUUAUUCUUUGCAUCAAAAUAUUGCAAUUGCAAAAGUUGAUACUGAAUCUGUUAUGGUUAAUAAGGAUUUUAAGGAUAAGUCUAAUGAAUCUAGCUUAGUGUUAGAGGCAAAUUGUGAAGCAGAAGUUAAUGGAAGUCUGGGAAAUGACGAGUCACAAAUGAAGGUGGAACCUAGUGACUGUCCUUCUCCGAGUAAUGGGAAUUUAGUUGAAGAGAAAGUUGCGGAGGUGAAAGAAGCUGAAAUGGAAGUUAAACCUGCUGUGGAAAAAGAGGGUUUUGUUUUGAAUGCGAAAGUUACUGAAGAGGUGGUGGAUCCAAAAUUGUGUGCUACUGCUGGUUGGCAGGCUGCAAGGACUGCUGGUGGUGGUGAGAUAAAAAUUGCCGAUUUGAAUAAUCAACAACAGUCUGAACUCAAGUUGGAGCCAGAGGGUUCACUGCCUUUUUACAUACUUGAUGCUUAUGAGGAGUAUUAUGGAGCCAAUAUGGGUUCUCUUUAUUUGUUUGGGAAGGUCAAAACAGGGAAUUCGUAUCAGAGUUGCUGUGUUGUUGUGAAGAACAUGCAGAGGUGUGUCUACGCAAUUCCAACUACUCCUUUGCGUUCCACUGAGAUGAUACAGCUUGAGAAAUAUGUCCAAGAGUCUAAAAUUACUCCUGCAGAUUUCCGUAAAAAGCUGCAAGACGCAGUAUCUGAUACAAAGAAUGAGAUAGCAAAACACCUUGUGGAUCUGGGCGUUUCUACCUUUAGCAUGGCACCUGUUAAGAGGAAUUAUGCAUUUGAACGAUCUGACAUACCUGCAGGUGAAAAUUAUGUGGUGAAAAUAAAUUAUCCGUUCAAGGAUAGAGCACUUCCAGUAGACCUCAAAGGAGAAAGUUUCCGUGCUAUUCUUGGAGCUCGAAGCAGUGCACUUGAGCUAUUUUUGAUUAAAAGAAAGAUUAAGGGGCCUACAUGGCUACAAUUAUCAAACUUUUCUACCUGCCCAGCUUCUCAAAGGGUUAGCUGGUGCAAGUUUGAAGUGACUGUUGACUCUCCUAAAGACAUCAGGGUUUCUUCUUCAUCUUCCUCAAAAAUCACUCUUGUGAUUCCUCCUGUGGUUGUCACGGCGAUAAACUUGAAAACUAUCGUAAACGAAAAACAGAACAUAAAUGAAAUUAUAUCUGCAUCUAUUGUCAGUUGCAAUAUGGUUAAGAUUGACACUCCUAUGCUGGCUUCAGAGUGGAAGAAACCUGGAAUGCUGACCCAUUUUACUGUUAUUCGCAAACCUGAUCGGUGUAUAUGGCCAAUGGGAUUCAACAAGGAGGUCACAGAUAGAAAUUUAAAAGCUGGGUCAAAUGUUCUGUGCUUUGAAACCAGUGAGAGAGCUGUGUUAAAUCGUCUAAUGAUAGAAUUAAACAAGAUGGAUAGUGAUGUUCUUGUUGGACAUAAUAUUUCUGGAUUUGACCUGGAUGUUCUUCUUCACAGAUCUCAGGCUUGCAAGGUUCCAAGCAGCUUGUGGUCUAAACUUGGCCGUCUCAACCGUUCCACAAUGCCUAAGCUUGAUAGAAGAGGCAAAACAUUUGGUUUUGGAGCUGAUCCUGCUAUCAUGUCCUGUGUUGCCGGUCGGCUUCUUUGUGAUACAUAUUUGUGUUCUCGUGACCUAUUAAAGGAGGUUAGUUAUUCUUUAACUCACCUUGCAAAAACACAGCUCAACCAGUCUCGGAAGGAAGUUGCUCCACACGACCUUCCAAAAAUGUUCCAAUCUACCAAAUCCCUGAUGGAGCUAAUUGAAUAUGGUGAAACGGAUGCAUGGUUGUCUAUGGAACUCAUGUUUUAUUUGAGUGUCCUUCCUCUCACACGCCAGUUGACUAAUAUAAGUGGAAAUCUGUGGGGGAAAACUCUUCAGGGUGCCCGGGCCCAGAGGGUGGAGUAUCUUUUGUUGCACGAGUUCCAUAAAAAGAAAUAUAUUGUUCCAGACAAGUUUUCUAAUAACGCAAAAGAAACAAAGUUGACAAAACGCAGAGUAACUUCCGGUGUUGAUGGUGGCAACUUUGAUGAAGCAGAUAACAGUGAUGCAAACUAUCAUAAUGAUGCUUCUGAAAGUGAUCAUAAGAAAAACAAAAAGGCUUCUUCCUAUGCUGGAGGGCUGGUUUUAGAGCCAAAGAAGGGUCUAUAUGACAAAUAUAUAUUGCUUCUGGAUUUUAACAGUCUAUACCCAUCCAUCAUUCAGGAAUAUAAUAUCUGCUUCACGACUGUUGAAAGAUUGUCAGAUGGAUCUUUUCCUCGUCUUCCAUCUAGUAAAACAACUGGAGUCUUGCCAGAGUUGCUGAGAAAGCUUGUUAAGUGGAGGCGAGAUGUAAAGACAUGGAUGAAGACUGCGUCUGGUCUUAAACGUCAGCAACUGGACAUUCAGCAGCAAGCACUGAAGCUUACUGCAAACAGUAUGUAUGGAUGCCUGGGAUUUUCCAAUUCAAGAUUUUAUGCAAAGCCGCUGGCUGAGCUCAUCACCCUACAAGGAAGGGAGAUACUACAAAGCACCGUUGAUCUUGUUCAAAAUAACUUGAAUUUAGAGGUUAUCUAUGGUGAUACCGAUUCAAUAAUGAUUUACAGUGGGCUAGAUGAUAUUGCAAAAGCAACUUCAAUGUCUAAGAAAGUUAUUCAAGAGGUCAACAAGAAAUAUACAUGCUUAGAAAUUGAUCUUGAUGGUUUGUAUAAGAGGAUGCUACUUCUCAAGAAAAAGAAGUAUGCAGCCGUUAAGGUGCAGUUUAAGGAUGGCGUCCCAUAUGAGGUUAUUGAACGUAAAGGUCUUGAUAUUGUGCGCCGUGACUGGAGCUUAUUAGCAAAAGAUUUAGGAGAUUUUUGCUUGACUCAAAUUUUGUCGGGAGGAUCAUGCGAAGAUGUCGUUGAAUCAAUUCACAACUCUCUCAUGAAGGUUCAAGAAGAAAUGCGGAAUGGACAAAUAGAAUUGGAAAAAUAUGUCAUCACAAAGACAUUGACUAAACCACCUGAGGCUUAUCCUGAUGCCAAAAACCAGCCACAUGUUCUUGUGGCACAAAGAUUGAAACAACAAGGUCACACCUCUGGUUGCUCUGUUGGUGAUACAAUCCCUUAUAUAAUUUGCUGUGAGCAGGGUGGUAGUUCAGGCAGUGGAACGGGAAUUGCUCAACGUGCCAGACAUCCCGACGAACUAAAACAAGAACAGGGGACAUGGCUAAUUGACAUUGAUUACUAUUUGUCACAACAGAUUCAUCCCGUGGUAUCACGCCUUUGUGCAUCAAUUCAGGGCACAAGCCCUGAAAGACUAGCUGAUUGUUUAGGGCUUGACACAUCAAAGUUUCAACAGAAAUCAAGUGAAACUUUAAAGGAUGAUCCUACAAGCUCACUCUUGUUUGCUGGUGAUGAUGAGAGGUAUCGAGGAUGUGAGUCGUUAGUCUUGUCAUGCCCCAGCUGCUCUACUACAUUUGACUGCCCACCCGUGUUUAAAACAAUGUGUAUGUUGGGAAAUGAAAAGCCAGACAGCUUAGGCGCGGAUGAAUCUGACUAUAAUUUCUGGCACAAGCUGGGCUGUCCGAAAUGCUUUGAAAAUGGUGUUGGUAGAAUAUCUCCUGCAAUGAUAGCCAAUCAGGUCAAGCGGCAAGCAGAGAAGUUUGUUUUAAUGUAUUAUAGAGGUUUACUAAUGUGUGAUGAUGAAACAUGUAAGCAUACAACGCGAAGUGUCAGCUUUCGUUUGGUUGGUGAUUCUGAGCGAGGAACUGUCUGUCCAAAUUAUCCUCGCUGCAACGGGCAUCUCAAUAGAAAGUACACUGAAGCCGACUUGUACAAGCAGCUCUCAUAUUUUUGUCACGUGUUUGAUACCUUUAGCUCUAUAGAAAAGAUGGAGGCUAAGGCUAGGAUACCGAUCGAGAAGGAGUUGAUCAAAAUCAGGCCAACAGUGGAACUUGCUGCAUCAACAAUACAAAAGAUCAGAGACCGUUGUAGCUUUGGGUGGGUGAAGCUGCAGGACCUGGUUGUUACAAUUUAA